AUUCCUCAUAAUCUGAAUGAUACCAAAAUUAGCAAGUGCAACUAUUCAGACCCAUUCAUUAGCUAUUUCUGGUUUGGUUUGCUGCUUCUUCACGUAACACCAAAUGACUGGGAGAUGGCAAACUGGGCUGCCUGUGUGGGAGGACAGAGCACUGUUCCUGGUCACCUUUUCUUUACCAUUCUCUACAUCCUGAUUUCUCUCCCUGUUCAGCUCCACUCCCUUCCAGACCAUGAACAUAAUCAGCUCUCAUCCUCUUCUUUCUACAAGGACCACCUGCCCACACCGUGUCCUCUGUGUUCAGUUGCACAUCUGGUUUUAACUGCUGCCACAGAGCAAUGCUAGAGCACUCACUGCUGAACUGGGGCACUCUCAAGUUGAACACAGCCAAAAAACCGUGCUAGAGGAUGGGGCAUGGGGAAUGGUUUGUGGGACUGGAGAGUGCUGCUAGUGGCAGUGCAUGAUGGUGUAUGACUUGGCUGUGAAACAGAUCUUGUUAGGAAAUGAAGGAGAGGAAGCUGCAGGACAUGCACUGGGAGUAUAAGAGACUGGCUUUUUAUACUGUAACUGUAGGGCAACCUAAACAGAGUAAAAACUUUUCUGAGGACCUGGAUUUCAGUGCCAAGCCAAUCUAAUCUGUAAAUCUCCUGCUGUCAAAGCUUCACUAGCUUAAAUCAAGUUAUAGCUGCUAGACUGCAUGUUCCUCCAAUGCAGAUUGCAACAGUCAAGAACGCUAUCAUCAAAGCUUUUCAGGUGCUUGAUCUUACACUCUCAUGCAUUUAGUCCUACACUCCACCUACGUUCUUCGCCAAGGGUACCUCAGAUAAUGGGAGGAGCCACUAUAGCUAGAGCCCAGGGAGGCUGACAGAACUUCCUCAAGCCCACAGCUUUCUGUUGGCUCUGUUGCUGAUGAGUACUGCAAACAGGCUCAAGCUGCUUAGGAAGACCUUCUGCAUGCCAAGUGACAAGCACAAGAGCAGCAGCACCUAGUGAGGAGCUGAACUGACAGCACAGAUGAAACAUGCUGUGCUGUGUGUAGCUGCAGAGCAAAGAGAGCCUGCUGUGCCAACACAGAAAGCCAUAACUCAGUUCAACUUUCUCAUCUGCAACAGCUGUGACAGUGCUGUGCCACCUGGCAGGGCUCCUGGCAGACCUGCCAAGCAUGGGGACUGGGAAGAGGGGCAUGUGGGACACGUGUCCCAAGGACAGGGCAAAGAAGCUAGGACAAGCCUAGGGAUGAGUUAAGUGACCAAGAGGUGCUGCUGGAUAGAAUCUCCUAGCAACCAAGAACCUCCGUGCUCCAACCUUCCAUGCCUAGCAGCCAGGGCCUAGUGGUGUGGAGCUGCCAGGAUGAGCACAGUCCCAUGGUACAUGGAAAAGCUGUCAUUGAGAUUCUUGCCAGCACGCAACAACAAACGUAGGUUCUCAGAUUCACUUAACAGCCAGCACUGGAGGUUCUUAAAAAGUGGCCUGGAUGAUUUCAGAAGUGGCUUCCCUCCUCCAUCUGAUAACAUCAUCAUCCGAGGCAGAAAGGGGCUUUCCCCCAUCAUUCUAAAGAGCAGAUCCCACUCGUCUCAACAAAAGGCAUGGAAAACAUCUGUUAAACCCAAGUGCAAGCUCAGGUCAGAGGUGGAAGCCAGGAAGGAGUUCACAAAGGAGACUAACCAUCACCUAAGCCACUGCCCUCAGUUACUGCACUCUCAUUUGAAAGACUGCAUCUUUCCGAAGGAAGUCCCUCAUUAUCAGUCAGAAACAGGAAGCCGACAGAGUCCAAAUGUGUCUCUGAUCUUAUUAUAGAAACACCCAUAAGAAACUGUCAUGUUUCUGGGACGCCUUGCUGUCAUGCUGAGAUUAGUCACACGGGUCAGUUACUAAACUACUCCUAUCAAUACAAGACACUGGAGAGAAGAGGCUCUAUCCUCCAGCCUUGGAAACCUCUCUGAAUAACCCCGAGUGUGCCAGAAAUAAUAAAGAAUCUCUGAUUAAAAAAAAAAAA